UUGGUGAAUUGUUGCUGGGAACUAAUUUUGGUUAUGCAGAGUGAGGACCAGCAAAAUGCUUCUGGCCAGCAAGGCCAAGAGCAGAAAGAUGAUGGGUUGAAAAAGGCUCCAUACACAAUGCAUGGUGUUCUUCAUUACUUGCAACAUGAGUGGAGUAGAAGUGAAAUGGAAAGAGCCAAGUGGGAGAUGGAAAGAGCGGAAAUGCAGGCGAGGAUUAGCUUCCUCCAAGGAGAGCGCAAAGGACAAGAAAAUCUUAAAGCAGAUCUUAUUCGUCGUAUCAAAAUGUUGGAAUAUUGUUUGAAACAGGAGAGAGCUAAGAACUAUCGUCUCACACAUAACGGUGAAGAUCCUCCACAGUACGAAGAAGUUGAACCGGAAAUCGAGCCUGUUCCUGAAAAUCCCAUAUCCACUGAUGAUAUGGGACCGAGUGGCAGUGCUUUGACUUGGAAGCAGGGACGUCAACUUCUCAAACAAUAUUUACAAGAGAUUGGGUACAGUGAAAAUAUUCUUGACGUCAGGUCAUUCCGUGUAAAAAAUCUUCUUGGUCUGAUUCCAGAGGGGGACUGGCCGUCUAGCGAACGAGUGUCAUGUGGCAAAUACAAUGGAGCAGGAAAGAGAGACGAUGAUAGUGAUUGUGAAGGAGAGGAGCGUGGUAAGGAGUUCGAUGCUGACGCCGCUCGCGCUUUGGAUGAAUUUUCUUUUUUAAAAGAGGAGAAGACCAGAGAUGAAUGGUCCACUACUAAUCAUGAUGCCAUCGAUCGCCUGAAAGAACAAUACAAAAGUGAAAAGAGAACGAAGCGUAAUACCGGCAGUACAGAUGAAGAGGAUGACAGAAAACCUGGAGGUGAUGAAUUAAUCAAUAUCCCAGCUAACGCACCAAAGGGGAAAUCUCGACGUGAUGGUUUCAUGGACCUUGAUGAUGCUCUCGGAUUAUCUCCUGACGAGGCUAUUGAUAUCAAAGACAACUUCAUUCCAAGCGAUUAUGAAAAUUCUCCUGCCGCAAUGAAGUGGAGUCUCAAGACUACGCUCCGUUCUCACUUGGAUUCUAUCAGGGCAAUGCAGUUCCAUCCUGUUGAACCAGUAUUGUUCACAGCGAGUGAGGACAGCACCAUCAAGAUGUGGUGUCUGGAAUCUACCCGUAAAGACGAGAAGCAUGAAGGCUUAGAGCCCAUUUAUACAUUCCGUGGGCAUCUUGGCCCAGUACUUUGCUUGGAUCUUUCACCUACUGGAGAUUGUCUGUAUACAGGUGGUCAUGAUGGAAAGAUUUGUUGUUGGAACGUACCAAGCAGUAACACAGAUCCUCAUGAAGCUUAUGAUCCUAAUGUUCUCUCCGAGAAGUUGAAAGGACAUCAAGAUGUUGUCUGGGCUAUUGCUUAUCAUUCCUCAGAUAAUAAACUCGCUUCUGCUUCGUCUGAUGGUACUAUCAAGCUAUGGGAACCAGGAAACUUCGAUGAACCUCUCCUGCGCACCAUUGAGAUUGAUGUGGCGGAUGCAGUUCCCACCUCCGUUGAUUUUGUAUCUACUGAACAAACCCAGUUACUUGCGGGAUAUACCAAGGCACAAGCCAGAAUCAUUGAUAUUGAAACUGGAUCUGUUCUCUUGAGUUUCGACUUUGGAGAAGAAGCCAUGGGUCUGAUUACAAGAAUUUUAUCUCAUCCAACAAUGGCCAUGACCGUCAUUGCCGGAGAUGACAGAAAAAUCCGUUACUUCGAUAAUACUACAGGAAAGCAAAUUCACAGCACUGUUGCUCAUAUGGACGGAAUUUCCUCGUUGGCUAUCGAUCCCAACGGCCUGUAUCUGCUGUCUGGUAGCCAUGACGGAAGCUUGCGUCUCUGGAAUAUGGAAAAGAAGAUCUGUCUUCAGGAAAUUUCUGCUCAUCGUAAAAAGUUCGAUUCAUCUGUUAACUGUGUUGCUUUCCAUCCAUCCAGGCCUUUAAUAGGCUCUGCCGGAGCUGAUGCUCUGGCUAAGGUGUUUUCUGUAGGACUGGAUCCAUCAAUAUCUGCUAGUCAUUUGAUAUCCAAUGGUAGAAUAGCUGAUACUCUUGCCGAAGCUGGGCAUGAAGUUGUUAUGUUUGUUCCGGAAUACAUUAAAUCGUUAGCAUCGUUUAAAGGAGCUAAGAAGGCUAAAAUUAUUCACAUGAAGGAUAUCAGUACUCGCUUUGAUGAUGAUUUGGAAGGACUUGAUGAGUACAUGUUCACUAGCGACCGAUUGAGUUUCUUAGAAAGACUCUAUUUUGAGAACACAUGCUCACACAUGUGCAAUGCUAUGAUGGAAAGGAAAGAAGAGUUACAACCUCUAAUAGACUACAAGUUCGAUGUUGCAUUUGCUGAGCAGAUUGACUUGUGUGGAAUCGGUGUUCUCAGAUAUCUGGGCAUUGAAAACAUCCUUUGGAUUUCCACAACUCCCAUUAUGGAUGCUGUCAGCUAUAAUUUAGGAAUCCCAGCUCCAACCUCAUAUGUACCUACAAUUGAAGAAAACGAUAAUGGGGAUAGUAUGAACUUCUGGGAUAGGUUAUUCAAUUUGUAUAUGUAUGUUGGCACAUUAUUUGUUCAUCGUUGGGGUACAGAUACGACUACUGAGGUGUUUCGCCGUCAUGUACGACCCGAUUUUCCGAAUGUCCGUGAAAUCGCAGGGAACAGUAGUUUAUGUUUCGUAAAUGCCGAUGAAAUGUUUGAUUUGCCACGACCAAUCAUUCAUAAAACAAUUUAUGUCGGAGGAUUAGGAGUGAAGGAGCCAAAACCUUUAGAAGAUGAAAAAUUCAAGCAAAUUAUGGAGAAGGGAGAGAAGGGUGUAAUCAUAAUGUCCUUUGGUUCCAUCGUUCAGUUCCAUGCCUUACCUCCAACAGUAAAAGAUGAUUUAGUUAAAGUAGUUAGACAGAAGAAAGAGUAUCAUUUCCUUUUCCGUGUCUCAAAAGACGAUACAACAACCAGACCAUUGUUCCAAGAACUAUCGAAUGUUGAUUUCACUGAAUGGCUGCCUCAAUCAGACAUUUUAGCCCACCCUCGUCUUCAAUUAUUUAUAAUGCAUGGUGGAUUGAAUGGGUUGACAGAAGCUAUGCUAAGAGGAGUCCCAGUAGUUGUCAUUCCCAUCUUCGCUGACCAAUUCCGAAACGGACGUAAUGUAGAGAAGCGAUAUGUCGGAAAGGUUGUACUCAAAAAGGACUUGAAUGAAAAAAAUAUUUUGAAUGCUAUUAAUACCAUUUUAGGAGAUGAAAAUUAUCGCAAGAGUGCCAAACGUAUGCAAAAAUUGAUGAAAAAUAAGCCAUUUACUGCAGCUGAGAGAUUAGUUCGUUGGACAGAGUUUGCAGCCGAGCAUGGAGUACUGGAAGAACUGCAUGUGCGCGGAGCUCAAUUGUCCACAAUUGAAUAUUUCAAUUUAGAUGUUUUGUUGUUCUUAAUCACUAUUGCCAUAGUUGUUUUGUAUGUGUUGAUAUGUAUUAUCAGAUUGCUUUUGAGAAGCACGAAAAAACAGAAAAAAGAAUAA